AUGCUGUUCUUCAGCUUCUUCAAGACUCUUGUCAACCACGAAGUCACCGUCGAGCUCAAGAACGACAUUUCGAUCCGAGGAACAUUGAAGAGCGUGGAUCAAUAUUUGAACAUCAAGCUGGAUGAUAUCUCUGUGGUUGAGGAGGUGAAGUAUCCACAUUUGAGCUCGGUCAAGAAUGUCUUCAUUCGAGGCAGUGUGGUGCGAUACGUUCAUCUGCCAGCUGCUGCGGUAGACACGCCACUGCUAGAGGACGCUACACGAAGAGAGGCGUCGCAAACAGCUGCGAAGGCGAAACAAGGCGCUUGA